AUGUCUGAUGAUGGUUCAACGGCUGUUGAGAAGAAAGGGCGCGGCAGACCAAAAGCGAACGGAACCCAAUCUGAUGCCAAAGUAGACUCAAAAAAGAGGGGUAGACCUGUAGCACCUGUAAAAACUAAAGAGUCUAAAAAUUCAUCGGAUGAUGAGCAGGCACCAGCAGUUAAGAGAGGAAGAGGUAGACCUAAAGGGUCCAAAAAAAAGGCUUCAGCUCCUAAAGCAAAGAGUGGGUCUGGUGAAGGAAGAGGUAGAGGCAGGCCACGUAAAGAAGCAGCACCUCCUAAAAAGGAUGCAGCCUCUACUGAGGAGGAACAAGAUGAAGAUGAAGAAGAAGAAGAAGGAUCUGACCAGUAA